GUUCGAAGGGGCCUUGCGGGCUCUUCUUUCAGCUUCAGCACUUGCGGCGGGGCUGGCCGGCCCGAUGGGAUGCACCGCGUGCUGCCUUCGCGGUCCUUGGGCUACCAUGCCAGGAGCUUAGGCCUCCUCGUCCUGCUGCCCUUUUCCGCCUUCUCCUCCUUAGUGGUGCUUUGCGGCUUUUGUCUGCACUCCUUGCCAAACCUCUUCUGGGCGCUGGCUACAGUGUACCUUCUGCUGUCCCUGCUCUUCCUGGUGGUGAGGCAGGAUGAGAGCUCCCCAAAGUACUGGAACAACUUAGGUGGCCUUCUUUUUCUGUCCACCAUGUUGGGCUGCGGGUGUGGUCUGUGGAACAGCCGCAUGACCUACAAGUACUGGGCCUACCAGGGCCAGGCGAAGUACGAGAAUGUGAAGGCCUCGAAUCGCGCCACCAGCUUCCUGGACGCCGGAAGCCUCUCCUUCCGCGAGGAUGUCAGGGUGGACGUCGACAGUGCGAUCGGAUACUCCGAAGGCGCUUCAACUUUCUGCGUUGCGCCAUUGGUGGACAAAGAUUCCACAGGCGCGGUGCAGUUCUGGGCCGCGGGCGCGGACUGCUGCGAGGAAGGCUUCCGCUGCGGCGCCACCAAGGGCCGGCUCCAGGGCCUGGUCUUCCUCGAGGAUGCCAAGUUCACCAAUAACAUGGUGAGGGAGCUACGAGCCGCCGCCAAGGCGGCCGAGUCCAAGCACAAACUCCGGGGGGCCAAGGAUGCCCUCUUUGUUGCUCUUGUAGACCCCGCACAGGUUCGAAGCUUCUGGGCAACCGCCCGGAUGUUCAUGAUCUGUGCCUGCGUCAUGGACUUCGUGCUGUGCCUCUUGGUGGGCUUGGGCCUCCACUGCCGCGCCAAGGAGCUGCGCUCCCGGCUCCGUGGCACUAUCGAGCAAGCGUGGAACGUGGAUCGAGUUUUCGUGGUAAGGCAUUUGAAGCCGAUGUUGCGAGGCGCCCAUGGCCUCAGCAGCUCUGCUUCUAUGCCGGAUCUGCGAAGCACCAGGGAGCCAGUCUUUGCGCGCCGCACCUUCCAGAGGAUCACCUCAACUUUGAGCCGCAUACCGGACGAAGACGGUAAGAUCACGGAGAUCAAGGAGGAGAUCGGCGGGUAUUUUGCCAAGCACCAGCGGUACGUGGGGGACCAGCAGCAAUUGCUGCUGCAGCCGGUACCCAGCAAGGCAAAUGACUACAAUUUAGCGCUCGAGCUGCGGCGCCGCGCGGGGGUCGGAGCAUAG